AUGCCUUGCGCCGUGGCUAUUUGCUGCGCCGUGGCAGCAGCAGGUGAUGGUACUGGAAGGUCGCUCCGGUCCCGCGUUGACGGGCUAGGAGCUGCAGGCUUUUGGUGUCGAGAUGAAUUCUGCGUGGGCCUUGCACGAGAGCCGGAGCUAGCAGGCUGGCGGCCGUUGGCGCUGGUGCGAGGCGUCCCAGAGUCCUCGUCCGGGCGCUCGCAGGGAGAGAAGCCCACAGGCAAAGGAAACGUCGUUAUGGAUUGUUCAGCAUGGCAAAUGGGCGUAGAUGUAAUCCAACAUGAUGCUCUCACCUCUACGCUUUCGGUCCAAGCUGUCGUGGCAGAAAAUCACGAGGGCCGCCAGAAAGAGGUCUAUCGUGGUACAUUACCUGAACCCAUCAAGGGUGUCGCGCCAUAUGACGCAUGGAAGGUGACGUGCGGUCAAAGCGCCAUGAGGAAACUCAGACACGAGGCAGAGUUAUACCAAGAAGCUCUUCAAGAUGCUUGGGUGCUCGACAUUGUGCCUGGGACACGAUUUGAAAAAUACACAAGGCCGGUGUCUCCCACAAUCACGUUUCCGAGAGGAAUGUCCUCGAUUGCAACGGCCUUCCAGCGGUUAUUCGAAGAUGCCAAUGAGCGGGAGAGCGGGCGCAAAACGGAUAUCACUGUAAGCAGUCUUGAGCAGCAUCCCUAUGAGUUCAGAUGCGAGGAAUUGUUCGAGAUUUGUACAGACUUCAAACUGUGGAAGCCAUCUCAGUGGAGAUGA